UAGCGAUACCCUUUCCGCACAUCUAGUUCUGCUUCCGUGACCGCUUCCAUAGUCACGAUGCAGGCUAUCCGACAGCCGCUGCGCUCAGCGCUUUCAAAAGCCACGACCAGGCAGUAUGCGACCGGUUCGUCGCAGUAUGCCGAGACCAUCAAGAAUCUCCGCAUCAACGGCGAGACCAAGGUGCUUUUCCAGGGCUUCACUGGAAAGCAGGGAACCUUCCACGCACAGCAGGCCAUCGAGUACGGCACAAAGGUUGUUGGAGGCACAAACCCCAAGAAGGCUGGCACUGAGCAUCUCGGCCUGCCCGUCUUCAAGAACGUAGCGGACGCCAUCAGAGAGACUCAAGCUACCGCUACCGCCAUUUUCGUCCCGCCACCGGUCGCUGCGGCGAGUAUCGAGGAGGCCAUCGCUGCGGAGGUGCCUUUGAUUGUGACUAUCACUGAGGGAAUCCCACAACACGACAUGGUUCGCAUCACGGAUAUGCUCAAGACGCAGAACAAGUCUCGCAUGGUCGGCCCUAACUGCCCUGGUAUCAUCGCUCCCGGCCAAUGCAAGAUCGGAAUCAUGCCCGGCUUCAUCCACAAGCGCGGCCGCGUCGGUAUCGUCUCCCGUUCCGGAACCCUCACCUACGAGGCCGUAAACCAGACCACCCAAGCCGGUCUUGGCCAGUCGCUUGUCGUUGGUAUCGGUGGUGACCCCUUCUCCGGAACCAACUUUAUCGACUGCUUGAAGGUCUUCCUGCAAGACGAGGAGACGGACGGUAUUAUCAUGAUUGGCGAGAUUGGUGGUUCAGCUGAGGAGGAUGCUGCGGACUUUUUGAAGGAGUACAACACUGCCAACAAGCCCGUUGUUAGCUUCAUUGCUGGUAUCUCUGCGCCACCGGGCAGGAGAAUGGGUCACGCUGGUGCUAUUGUCAGCGGUGGAAAGGGCGAUGCCAACUCGAAGAUCAAUGCCCUUGAGGCUGCUGGUGUCAUUGUCGAGCGCUCGCCUGCUAAGCUUGGAUCAGCUCUGUACGACCAGUUCGUCAAGCGUGAUCUGAUAUAAUUGUGCGAUGAGUACCGAGGGGUUUCAUUUCCUGGUUCAAGGUUCAGAGCGAGCGUCUGAUUUGGGCAGAUGGCAGUUGCUGCACGAAAGGAUGCUUUGUACCCAAUCUCGUCUAUUGUACAUUUAGUCAUUUAGAGCAAAGUACAAGUCUGCAUG